AUGUCCAAAAAUGAAAAAAGAGGAGUUCAAGAAGAUAUUGUCAAAAUCUUUGAAAACUUUUUCAAUUUGACUGAAGUUGACGGUCAUUUUACGUAUGUUCUUGCCAUUAAACUGUAAAAUAUGACAUUUUUAAUGUACUAAUAAGCAAAAAAAAUUAAGUUUUUUCUAUUACGUUGUUCAUUAAAUUCUGAGCCUUCUCAAAGAAAGUUUUCAGGGGGCACAGAAUUAUUUGAAGAACAAAUUUACAACUUUAAAACUUUCAGAGCCACUCCACCCCACCACGGUGGAGCCUUCAACCCGAUCCGCUUGUUCGGCGGCCAAGCCAUUGGUCAAGCCUAUUUGGCCGCCACUAAAAUACGACCCGACUUCUUGCCAUUACGAAUGGAUUUCACUUUUUUGAGGCCUGGUACAACCAAAGAUGACAUUGAUUAUAUGGCUACUAGUUCCGGCGUUGGGUCGCACUAUUUAGCAUUGGAAAGUCGGCAGGGAGAGAAGGUGCUGAACACCGCCAAAUUUAGGGUUAGUUUUUUGGGGGGUUUAAAUUUACCCUGCAAGAACCGAAUAACCCAUAUUAGCCCUUUACUCCCCACCACAGUAAAACCCUUCAUAUUAUCCUAAUCUUUCAGCUAGCCCGCCUCAAAUACUUUGAAAAAGAAGCCCUUCAACCGGUCGAUUUCAUCGACACAUCCAACCUACCCUGCCCAUACCAAACCAAACCUAGUAGCCCCUUCAUAGCUACCACAGUCAUCGACAAAUGGCUAAAACGGCAUGGAUUCGAAACUAGAUUCGCUAAUUUCAAUCGAAAUCGACCGACCUUGUUCGAAGGUCGAUUAAUUCGAUUUUACGACUUUGAAAACGACCAAAAACAGUCCAGUCUAAUGUGGAUGAGGUUGUCUAAGAUCGUUAAAGGUCAGUGUAAACAAAGUUUUUGCAAAAUAUAGCUUUUUUGACCAAAAUUUUGAAACUAAAAAUUUCAAAAAAAAUUUUUUUAAUUUCAAAAUAUCGAAAUUAUUUUUCAAAUUCCAAACCAAAAAAUCCUUUCAGACUCCCCAAUACCAAUAAAUGUGAUCAUCCCCCUGGUAUUCUCCGACUUUAUCCUUGCUUUACCCUCCAAUGUUAUACUAGACCAAGAGCCCAGCCAAAAGUCGCCCGUCAUGUCUUCACUCGAACAUCAGGUCGUAUUUCAUUCCAAUGACUUUGAUGUAAGCUCGUAUGGCUUUUGUAUCCGUAUUUUACAAUUAAAACCCAAAAAAUUUCAAAAAUUCAUUUAAAAAAAUUUCAAAUUUCAAAAUUUUAAAAUUUCAAAAACCCUCCAAAUCACUUUUACAACCUUUGUAAACAAAGUUCUUUCCAUCUUAUACCCCAAAACCCUUUUAAACCCACAUUCACCUCGAUAUUGCUUUAGGCGAAAGACUUCUUCCUAGUCGAACAACAAAUCGAGUGUUCGACGGAAAUGGUCAAAAUUAAUGGAAAAAUCGCGACACGCCACGGCCGACCCGUAAUGAGUUUUACACAACAAGCCUUCUUCCAGGAACUCAUACCCAAUCAAUUUGUUGAACCUUCACCUAAGCUAUGA